AUAACACACAACAGCUCUCUUCAUCCUUCUCCUGCUUCUCCCUCACCCCUCGAUACACCUGCCCUUUGCUUGAAUGGGAAACGCGAAGUCAAUGUCUUUGGGACCGGAAGCUGCUGCUAUCGUAACCAAGGCGGUCUCUCCAAUGCCUACUCCAGCGAUUGUAGAGACAGGGAUUUUCGCAGCGGGUUGUUUCUGGAGCGUCGAGUUGGCCUACCAACGCGUCCCGGGUGUCCUGGAAACGGAGGUGGGCUACACCGACGGUCACAAGAAGGACCCGACGUACCAGGAGGUGUGCUCGGGAUCGACGGGCCAUACCGAAGCCCUCCGCGUCAAGUUCGAUCCACGUGUCGUCAAGUACAACGAGCUCUUGACCGUGCUGUGGGACAAGAUCGACCCGACAACUCUCAACCGGCAAGGGAACGACUCCGGGACUCAGUACCGAUCAGGGAUCUACUACACUUCCGCAGAGCAAAAAGAAAUCGCGCUCGCGUCGAAGGCGGCGGAGCAAGCGAAGCUGGACAAACCGAUCGUGACGGAGAUCAAAGAAGCCACGGAGUUCUACCGCGCAGAGGACUACCAUCAGAAGUACCUGGAGAAGGGCGGACAGUGCUCGUUGAAGGGAGACACGAGCAACAUACGUUGCUACGGUUAGGUGUGGGUGGUUUGGUUCGGCCUUAGGUAGAAGGCGCCAGUUUGUGCCAAGGGUCCGGGUCGCAAGUGCACACAACGCACAUGCAGGGAAAUGCACUGCUUCCCUGCUGUUGUGGCGUUGAAAACUUGAUCGCAGCCACCGCAGGUGGAAAUUUGGCGUAUUCCUCUCGUGGGACCCCCGCUGGCGCAUCAAACAAAUGCCGAAGGUGUACACUGGCGCCCAGAAUCGUAGAUGGGACGUCAACAAAUAAAUGUAUGUAUACGUUUUGUGUUCCACGCAACGUGAGGGACGGCGGGAGUAGGUGGCACUUAGACGUUGGGGUGAUAUGCACAGGGGCUAAACGCUACUGCUGUACAUUGUUUCCCGGCUGCCGUAGAUGAUGUCUCGCUAUAAUUGGCUUGAGACGCAAGGCAGAUCUGGGGCGGCGGGUUACCGCGUAGCGCACACAGAGUGCCAAGGGGUGCCAUAAAUAUCAGCAACUUAAACGCUGCUGUAAGUGGUUCGACUGGCGUGGUAGGUUGUAGUUGACACGAGUUGCCCUUUUUUUCUAGGGUGUCUCUGUGUUUUGGUUUCGGGGUGAAGACGGAUGGAAGCACGAUCCUGAUGAUUUCUACGAUACAUGCCAAUCAAUGUGGUGUUUAGCUGCCGGUAGUUUGUCGAAGUGCGGUUUACCAUGGGUUAGUAGCUGUCGGACCAGGUACGGGCGAGCUAACCCUCCAAUGGGCAAUGCCGAACAGCUCGAACGGGAACGGCAAACUGGCUACGUAGACUAAGCAGACCCAGGAUCGAUUCCGUCGACACAAACGAAUAGAUGCACACGGGCUUUGUUUUCUGUGGGGUGGGACCGAGUUCUCACACAAAACGUUGAUUGGUGGGUGACUUAGCGCCACCGCUUGUGCGGAUGUACGUUACUCAUGCGUGUUUCUGCCAGAAAUGUUGAUCCUCAUGCUACAAAACAUGUCGGAUAUCUUGCCGG